GAGCAUGAGCUGAGGCGGAACACGUGCGAGAUGCAAUCUGUACGCAUGCGCGAUAUCCCACCCACGCGCGCGGCGGGCAGCCUACCCCCUCCCCUCGACUUGUUAGCCCAUGGCAGCUAGAAGUGAACCUGACACGGACACUGUACAUCACAAUCCUUCAAUCACCAAGAAACCUAGAGAAAACGAGCAGAUCACCAAAGCGGAGCAAAGGCAGAUGAUUAUGAAGAGAAAAGAACAGCAACAGAAGGUCAAGCAGUUUGAAAAGGCCAUGAAAGAGGCGUUGAGGGAGACAAGGAGAGAGGCGAGUCCACAGGAGAGACUGAGACAGAUGGUCCUGGUCCUGGACAGCUCUCUCGCCGAGAAUUCUGAGUUAAUGGAGUCCCUGGUGGGCGAGCUGGAGGAGAUGGGGGUGGAGCAUCGAGUCGGGGUGGGUGGAGUUCCGGGCGGAGUAACAUGGCGGAGGAAACAGCGAGAGAGAAAUGUGACAGAAAAUGCCGAGAUAGAGGAAGUUGUGUUUGAGAAAGAAGAGAACCACCUGCUGCUAACUUUAGAAGCACAUGGAUUUGCUGGUUUAGUCAAGAUGUCGAAGCAGGACUCUCCUCUGCCAGUGGGGGCAAACACACUGCUAGGAUACGUGGAGGAAGCGAGGAGGGGACGUGGGGAUUGGACCGUAUCUCUCGCUGUCGAAGGAUUGGACAAGUACUUUAGGUAUGGCAUCUACAACUACUUUUCAUGGAACCCCAAGAGUAUAGACAAGGGCAAUAAGACAAAGGCCAACAGACAGUUCCGUCAGCAGGUCCUGGGGACUGGCUCCAGUCAAGACCCCUCCUCUGAGGUGACCUGGACAGACUGUCAGGAGGCCAUUAUCUCUCUCCAGCUGGCCACUGGCUCCUCAGUGAGACUGUGUGCUGGGGAAGAGGAACUGGCUGAGCAUGUACUCACACUCACCAAGGCCGUGUGCAACAAGCCCUUCAGCAAGGAGAAUCAUUUCAGUUUCCACCCGGACGCUGCGGGAGGGAAGAAGAAGAGGGUGGAGUCUGGGGACCAGGUGGCGGCACCUGGAAGAACCAGUUGAUGCAGUUCAACAACGUUUCCGAGCCGAUGGCUUCGGCGUCGUGGCUGCCUACCCCUCUCCUGCCCGCCUCAUCUCAGCUUACUCUUCACUAGAUGCUGAGAGUGCAGCUCUCCUUCUUCAAGACGUUACGGUGAGAAGAGGGAGUGGGGACUACUGCAUCAACCAGGAGACUUGGCCCAGUUUUGUCGAGACGAAUUCACACCCUGUUAACUACCAGGGACCCUCAGAUCAUCAUCAAUUAAAAAAACCCUCGUCUUUGUUUUCGCUGCCCAACUAAGUCACACUUCUACAAACCACUCACCAACCAACCCCGCCCGGCAUCCGGUACAUAGAUUAUGUACAUCGUAAUCUCUUAUGUUGUUUUCGUUUUCUUCACUGUCCGCUGUUGUCACAUAGCCUGUACCAACCACCCAGUCACCAACUCGAGUGAUACACAUCAUCAUAUUCAAUUUCAAUCUGAUCUUGCUUCCAUUGAUUUUUAAUGUUCACUGUCUACUGUUGAGUGCCCUGCUUCAGUUCCCUCUUUAUCAGUGGCACAAUCCUUCCCCUUGUCUCGUAGCGUGCUCCUCCACCAUGCCUGCAUCUUGCGGGCGGCCGCGGCCUCCUCCCGGUAGCGUCUCUGCCACUUGCGAAACUCCACCACGUGUGGGUUCGAGCAGCGCAGUCGAUAGCUCCUGUAGUGGGCCUGUAUGAUAGCAGCUGCCUCGCUCUCUGUCAGUGUGGCUGACAGGGGCAGUGGGCAGCGAGGCUCUACUGACCACUUUUCUUUGACAAACGGAAUGUCUUCAAAUUUGACAUCUUCGCGACCACUUCCACUGGGGUUAUUUCUGCAAGAGAGACAAUAAAAUCACCAACUAUACGUCAUGACUCAAAAGCUAAAAUCUAUAGCUCAAUCUCAAUCGCUAGCUUACUCUAGCUCUUUAGCUACAGUGCAAACCUGUACAGGUAGGCGGAGAGGUGGUCCAAAGGGUUGAAUCGUUUUCUUCUCUGUGUGCGUUUGGCUGUUCUGAGAGUAUCCUCCAGCCCCGGGAGGAGGGCGGGGAAGAUGUGGCUCUCCAGGAACUCGGCGGGAACGAACCUCUCUGUCAUGUCCUGCUUGGCCAUGUUUGAAGAAAUGCGAGCAGUAGUUCCUUCCUCUGCAAGGUUAGCAGCUACACCCUCUCGGUCGCGCCGCGGUUGUUGCUGUGCAAUUAGCCACGCCCACAAAGUAGGCGGGGCUUUGAACCACGCGACAGAGAUCGAGCGAGAGAGCUAGAGAACCAGAAAAGUUGAGUCAUGGCUGGCGGCGCGGCUGGCUCUCCUCAAGAGCCAGACGGCCAGUACUCCAGUGUGUUCGCUUUCGCCUACAUCUUCAACCUGGUGAUAGGCGUCGGGGCCUUGGCUCUGCCUCUGGCGUUCACUCAAGCCGGACUGGUCCUGGGGACCCUGCUCAUCAUCACUCUGGCCUUCAUGAGUUUCCUGACUACCUCCUACGUCGUGGAAGCCAUGGCCGCCGCCAAUGCGUACUAUAUUCUCAAGGAGAGGAAGGAGAGACGGGCCCUCACUCGGGAGAACAGCGACAUACAGAAGCCGGCUUUGACAAAGAGUGACUCUAUAUCUGUUCCUGGAGAAACAACGCCACUUCUUCCACCUGCUGCCUCUGGGAGAGUCGGAUGAAUACGAAAUCAGGAAGAAGUAUGAACUGGGAACUAUGGCUAAUAUGUUCUAUCAUCCAAGUAAGCCGACAGUAAACUCAUCUUUUACUAUAACAUGUAUUGUGACGUAUUAUAUGCAGUUGGGAUAGUCCUCUAUUAUGUGUGUAUAUGUGUCUACUUGUAUGGCGAUCUGGCCAUAUAUGCUGUGACAAUUCCAAAGUCCAUGCAACAAGUCCUAUGGUAAGAAUACACUAUUUCACAAACAUUCAGCACUAUUAUCGUGUUUUAAUGCUUUCACUGUCUAUUUUGCUUUGCAAAGAACUCUCCCCCCUCUCUCUUGUGUGUAUGUAUGUAGCUCGGAACGUAAGAUAGAACGCGAGGUGGUGAUGGCGUCAAGCGUAUCUAACGCUACACAAAUAAACGGUUAUUUCACUGACGUGUACUACGAACCAGAGAGUGGUUCGGGUAGUGGAUCUGGGAGUGGUUCCAGCGUUACUUACGAAACCCGACACAUGUGUUUUGGAUCGACUGCGAUCUCUGACACCCAUACCUACUACAUUUGUCUAGCUGUGACGGUUCUCUUACUGUGCCCAUGGACAUUUUUCAAUCUCACUCGCUCCAAGUAUCUCCAGCUCUUUACCACCAUUCUGAGGAACGUUGCGUUUGUCCUGAUGAUACUUCUGGCUAUCGUUGACAUGGCACAGGGCCACCGGGCAGAGCCCCUCCCCCCUCCCGCCAGAUUCAAGGGGUUCCCAGUGUUAUUUGGAGUCAGCAUCUACUCCUUCAUGUGCCAGCACUCCCUCCCCGGAAUGAUCACGCCCAUGAAGACAAAGAAAAACCUCCUGUGGAUGAUUUUCUCAGAUUUCGCUCUCAUUCUCUUCGCUUACCUCCUCCUCACCUUAACGGGAGCUUUCAGGUUUUCAAACCUGGAGGACAUUUACACGCUCAAUUUCUUCAAUUCCUCGGCGACUCGUGUGACCCUGAGGGUGUUUCUGGGGUACUACCUAGCCCUGUUUCCCGUCUUUACCCUGAGUACCAAUUUCCCCAUCAUCUCGAUAACGCUACGCGAGAACCUCAAGGCGUUGUUUCGAGUAUUGCUGAAAAAGUGGCGGGGAGACGGAGAGUUUCAUUUCGUGGUGUCCCGAAUCGUGUUCCCACUGCUGGCUAUCAUUCCUCCGAUCCUAAUUGCCUUUGCCACCAGAAAUGUCGAAGCUCUAGUCAGCGUCACAGGCUCUUUUCCUGGUGUUGGUGUCCAGUAUAUCAUCCCUUUAACUCUAGCCAUCGCUGGCAGAAACGUCAUCAUGAAAGAGUUUUCCACAUACGACAACAAGCACAAGUCCAAAUUCAGCAAUGUACCGGUCUUUAUCUUUGUUAGUGUGUGGACUGCUGUGAGCUUUGUGCUAAUAAUAGUCGACGACGCACUGAAAAUAAAGGACGGUCAUUUCAUUUGAACAGUGUAAUAAUUAUUUUAAAAAUUGAAAUGUUAAAGAUAUGGGUUAUAGUGUGGCUCUAUGCCUCGUCUGCGUGGAGUGUACUUGUAGGCUGCUCAGUAUAAAGACAAUAAAAGAUACCAGUACAGCAACGGCUAAAACAAUGUACGAAAACAACGGCCCAUCCACACAUUCACGCCCCUUGCUUGACAAACAAUUGAGGCUCUCUUGCACGUCAUAUGAGUUUCCGAAGUAGGAAGUAAACUCAAAC